CCGAUGGGAGGGAUGUAGAAUAACACUCCAAAGCCGAUAUAGGCCCGGAACGCGCCUAAGCAUCAGAGCAUGGAGGGGAAGUGUCCAGCGGAGGGAGACAAGAGAUAUUGUACAAGCCCUGCCGCCCGCCGCCCUGGGGCCAGGGAGAAGCAGAGACGUUGUGCCUCCCAGUUUCCUAGAGAGGCCGCGGAGGACCUGGGGAGGUGACACGCGUGCGCAACUGGGGCAGUCGGGAGGUAGGCGCGGGGCAGUCGGCUGAGGUGACUGCGGUAGGAUGAUUGUCUGUUGGCGGCGGGAGUAGCUCAAUGUGCUUCUCCAGUUCCUACCCUUACUCAAGUGGUGAAUUCAGGAGACCAGGCAGGGGCAACUGUACUUUGGAUGGUCAGGCCCCAGGAUACUGUGGCGUAUAAGGACCUUUCUGUGGGCUAUACUCAGAAGAAAUGGAAAUGUCCCGCACUCAGUCAGAGAGCCCUGCAGUGGAACAUGAUGCUGGAAAAUGACUGCAGCAUGGCCUCCUUGGGUGGGAACAUGAUGGAGAGUUCGGAGUUGAUUCCGAAGCAGGAAAUUUUUAAAGGAUCAGAGUCAUCUAAUAGCACAUCAGGGGGACUCUUUGGGGUGGUUCCUGGGGGAGCAGAGAUUGGAGAUGUUUAUGAAGAUACCUUCAAAGAGUUAGAAGGACAUACCACAAAUGAAGAAGGGAGCAGACUAGAAAGUGAUUUCUUGGAAAUAACAGAUGAAGAUAAGAAAAAAUGCACAAAAGACAGAUAUGAGGAAUAUAAGGAAGUUGGGGAACAUCCACAUCUGUCUUCCAGUCCUGCUGAACAUGAAGGAGUUUUAAAGGGACAGAAAUCCUAUCGAUGUGAUGAAUGUGGCAAAGCUUUUUAUUGGAGUUCUCACCUUAUUGGCCAUCAGAGAAUCCACACUGGAGAGAAACCCUAUGAGUGUAAUGAGUGUGGGAAGACCUUCAGGCAAACCUCCCAGCUCAUUGUUCAUCUCAGAACCCACACAGGGGAAAAACCCUAUGAAUGCAGUGAGUGUGGAAAGGCGUAUAGGCACAGCUCCCACCUCAUUCAACAUCAGAGACUCCAUAAUGGGGAGAAACCCUAUAAAUGUAAUGAAUGUGCAAAAGCUUUUAAUCAGAGCUCCAAACUCUUUGACCACCAGAGAACCCAUACUGGGGAGAAACCUUAUGAAUGUAAGGAGUGUGGGGCAGCCUUUAGUCGCAGUAAAAAUCUUGUUCGACAUCAGGUUCUGCACACUGGUAAGAAACCUUAUAAAUGUGAUGAAUGUGGGAGAGCUUUCUGUUCCAAUAGAAAUCUCAUUGACCAUCAGAGAACCCACACUGGGGAGAAGCCUUAUAAAUGUAAUGAAUGUGGCAAAGCCUUCAGUCGGAGUAAAUGUCUUAUUCGACAUCAGAGCCUCCACACUGGGGAAAAGCCAUACAAAUGUAGUGAAUGUGGGAAAGCCUUCAAUCAGAUCUCUCAACUCGUUGAGCAUGAGCGAAUUCAUACUGGAGAAAAACCAUUUAAAUGUAGUGAAUGUGGUAAGGCAUUCGGUCUGAGUAAAUGUCUUAUUCGGCACCAGAGACUUCACACAGGUGAGAAGCCCUAUAAAUGCAAUGAGUGUGGAAAAUCCUUCAAUCAAAACUCAUACCUCAUUAUACACCAGAGAGUUCACACUGGUGAGAAACCCUAUGAAUGUCAUGAGUGUGGGAAGGGCUUCAGUUAUAAUUCUAGUCUUAUGGUACAUCAGAGAACCCAUACUGGGGAAAAACCCUAUAAAUGCAAUAGUUGUGGGAAAGCCUUUAGUGACAGCUCACAGCUUACUGUGCACCAAAGAGUCCACACUGGAGAGAAACCUUAUGAAUGUAUUGAGUGUGGGAAAGCCUUUAGUCAGCGUUCUACUUUUAAUCACCACCAGCGAACUCACACUGGAGAGAAGCCCUCAGGUCUGUCUCAGUCAUCUUCUUAAGGCAUGGUUCUCUGAGACAGAGAGCAAAGACCUUUGAGUUAAGCUUUCUUUAUAAGAAGGAUGUUGAUCAUGGUCUCCUUGGAGACCACUAAUCACAGUGGGGACCAUACCCUACUUGCUUUUCCUUGGGUCACUAAGGUGGAAGAGUAGGUGCAAGUUAGUCUGAUCCUUACUUAGUAUUAGGAAAUUAGGGAUUACAUCUGUCAUGAACUUGUAGGUUUCCUUCUUUCUCUUAAAAAACUAUUUAAAAAAUCUGUCUUGUUAGUAUGCAUUCCAUAAUCAGAUUCUGCAUUUGAAGAACAGCAGUUGUAUUAUCUUUAUUCUAUUGCAGUUCCUCCACUGGACCAUUUACAUAAAAUCACUUUUAAAGUCAUUCUACAAGAUUGUUCUUCCCUGCUCCUUGGCUAUCUCCUUCCACAGCUAUUUUUAAAAUUUGUACUGUAAGCUACAUCCUCUCAUCAUUUUUGUGUUUUCUAGCUAGAAAACUUUUUCUUCCUGUUUACUAAUCACUUCCUUCACAAUGUUCAAGAUUUAUGCCAUCUCUGAAAGACUUUCUUCUUCAAAUAGUUGUUUGUUUAGUUUAUACUUCUAUUGAUUUGGCCUUAAUGCUUUAAAUUAGCUGGUGCUACAAUGUAUAACUGUUAAAUGUUUUUGUAAAUUGUUCUCAACUUACAAUGUGAUAUGUGUAUCACAUAUAUACAGAGUAUACACAUAUAUAGUUGUGUAUGUGUAUACUUUCUUUUUUUGUUUUUUGUUUUUUUUUGAGACAGAGUCUCAGUCUUGCUCUUGUUGCCCA